AUGGUUCACUCUACGAGCGAGGAACGCGCUGUACAUUUGACACGGGAGGCUGUUGAGUUAAUUGAUGCUGGCCAUCGUGAGGCCGCCUCACGAAACCUCCGAGAAGCUCUCUCCUUGGCUCCAGAGCAUCCGGCAGUCAAGGAAGCUUUUGUUAAGAUCCAGCAGGAAGAGGAAAAUGGCCAUCACCUGCUAGAUCUCUGUCGACGCUAUACCGGUGGCAAGGACGAGCCCGCGGGCAAAGACGCCGCCCUUUAUCUCCGUACCGACGGACUCAAGCCUCCCGAGGAGGUUGCAUUGGAAUGUGUCAAGCUCCUGCUGGCGCAAAGGCCCCAUGCCUUGUCGUCGCUGCAGGAUGACAUUAUCUCGGGGCUCGUUCGCCAGAACACCAGCGUGCGGCGCUACUUCUCAGAGCAGCUCCAGGUGUCGGUGACCACGUUCUUCGAUGAGAUCUAUGAAAGAGGCGACGGGGCUGCCGUAUGCCUCGACACCGUUGUCUUGGACCCCACCGUUUGGCCGUCCGAAGAUGCUCGUCUACACUGUGAGCGCGAGCUUUUCUUGCUCUUCAUCGCCAAGCUCAUGGAGUCGGGCCACGACAUGGACGGUCGCUCCCUCAAAGGAAUUGCGCGUUUGCUUGCCGUCGAUGCGGCAAAGCUGCAGGAGUUGGUUGACGAUGAAGGACUUGAUGUGAUCUUGUCCUCUUUGGACAGCCGUCUUCCCCUCGAGUGGAGAAGUCAAGCGACCCUAGCAACCGUCAAGUACCUCGAAAUAUCCAAGCAAGUUGGCGAAGAGAGGUUCUCUCGGCUCGUAACUGCCAAGGUCGUCAAGGGUCGCAGCGACGAUCUCAUCGAGGCAUUCUCGGCCACGGCUGCAGUCUUCCCCGUGAUACCAGAAGUUGCGGCCAAUCUCUUCCUGUCGGAGAGCUACUUGGCUGCUUUGGCGCCUUUGACCUCCAGAGACGCGAAGAGCCGCAAGGUCGAGCCCCAUUUUCUGGAAUUGUUGAAUGCUGCGUGCAUGAACAAGGCCUGUCGGGAAGCCAUUUCAAAGCAUCUUUCGACCUGGCUUUCCCACCUUCUUACCAAUGGCUGCGACGAGAGUUCCGAGAUGGCGGCAGUCAUUCUGGCCAAGGUCCGUACUGCUGCUCAAGUUGGUUCUUCCGACUCCAACGGCAAAGUAGAGGAAGAAAACAGCAGGGUCACCGAGCUCGUCGAUCGCUUCAAGGACUUGAUGUCGAAGCGUAAGACUGAGAACCUAUCCAACGUGAUUGAGGGCUUGGCCUACGCUUCGGUAAAGUCCACUGUCAAGGAACAGCUCGCCACAGACGUGGCAUUCCUACAGGAUCUCGUCAAGAUUCUGCGCGAAAACUGCACCGAUUCGUCAGUGCUCUACGGUGGUCUCAUGAUCAUUGUGAACCUCACACAGUUCCCACCCACUUUGACAGAAGAGCAGAAGAAAAUGUCCCAACUCAAGUCCUAUGCCGAGGCCUCUCCUAGCGGGGCCCGAGCCAAGCCAGACCCCCUUGAUGACGAGCAACAUGUCAUCGCACGUUGCAAUGCGCUUAUCAAGGCUGGUGUCAUGCCUCUUCUGGUAGAUUGCGGCAAGACGAAUCUCUCCUCGGUGCAAGGUCUCAUGGGCAAGAUCGUCCUUGCCCUGUCAUGGGACCGAAAGUCUCGGGGAACCUUGGCACAGCAAGGCGCUGUCAAGUUCUUGCUCGUUAUGGCAGCCGCAAAGCAGGGGACCCCGGGGACAAACGCCACUGAAGCGGUACAGAAUGCGUCGCAAGCACUUGCACGAAUUUUAAUUUCCGUCAACCCGGUCCACGUGUUCCCUUCUUCUGGCUUCCCCCAGAUCACAUCCGCCAUCCGGCCUCUGACCGCGCUUCUGGUAAGCCCGGAGACGACCAGCCUGACGGCGGAACAACCGCGGAAUCUUUUACCGGUCUUUGAGAGUCUGCUUGCUCUGACGAACCUAGCCUCUCACCCGGAUGAGACUGCUCCUGAAGCUAUCGUCCGUCAGGCCUGGCCCGUAGUAGAGGACCUCUUGCUCUCCAGUAGUCCCAUGGUUCAGCGAGCUGCCUGCGAGCUGAUCUGCAAUUUGAUGACUUGCGAGUCCGGUAUCGUCAAAUAUGCCGAUGGCUCGAAGCGCGCGGCGCAACGGCUGCAUGUGCUGUUGGCUCUUACUGACACGGACGAUAUGGCCACCCGCAGCGCUGCUGGCGGAGCUCUUGCGAUGCUGACCGAAUUCGAAGCGGCCAUUGCCGGUAUCCUGGAACGGCCCCGGGGUGUCCCGCUACUGCUGGCCAUGUGUCAGGAAGAAGAUGAGGGUUUGGUGCAUCGCGGUGUAGCCUGUGUGCGGAACAUGACCUGCCUUGCCACGGGGGAUAUUGGCCGGCGGGCCAAGGAAGCCAUCAAGGCAAACGGAGGAGUUAAUAUACUGAGCAGUGUGCUGAAGAAGACGAAGAACCCCGCGAUACUCCAAGUCGGGGUCGAAGCCUUGAAGCCAUUGGUCGAAUAG